ACAUUAUUGCCCAAGUGAAUGUUGUCAGUAGUGAGGACAAGUAACGUGACAGGAGAAGAUUACAAAAGCUAGCCGUGGAAGCUAGCAGUUUGGAUUGUAGGUCCAACGGCUAUGACCCCCUUAAAAGCAGCAUGACUAUCAUAUACCGAAUUCUUUUGUUCUGUAUUUUGUGCCUGAGUUAAUUUUUUUUUGCUGGGUAUCAUGUUAAAGUUAUGCACCAGAACAGAAAGCUAAAUGAUAAUAUCUAUUGCAAUGCGAACCUGCUGUCCAUCAGAGCUGGUGGUAGUAUUUACUUGAGAGAAGUGGAUGGAAUGUUGCAUUUACAUGCACUUGCAGCUCUUUGUUCUGUUCUGCACUUAAUUUACAGAAUGAGUGAGCCCGUGGGAGCGGCUCAAGCAUCAAUAGUAGAUGUUGCAGCCAUUGAUUUAGAGAUCGAUCAUCGAAGGAAGGAACCUCCGAGAUCGUCAGAACCCAAAAGCGCGGCGUUCUCUGAUGAAAGAAAAAAGUCCUUAGGAGCACGGUAUUACUAUGGCAUUAUCUUUCUGAUAACGAAUCUUGUCGCGUGGUUCGUUCGUGACUAUGGUCAGAAGGUUCUUCCAGAGCUUCACUAUUUAAAAUCUUGUGGAAGUGGGGGAAUUGCCUGCUUCCAGACAAUGGGAGUUCUCCGCGUGAGUCUAGGAUGCUUUAUGUUUUUCUUUUUGAUGUUUCUCACUACACUCAGUACGAGAAAGCUCCACGAUGUCUGCAACAUCUGGCAUUCGGGAUGGUGGGUUGUGAAGUUCAUCAUUUUGAUGGGGUCAAUGACAGCUCCCAUAUUGUUCCCUUCAAAUCUGAUUCACUUGUAUGGUGAAUUUGCUCGAGUAGGUGCAGGAAUCUUUCUUGUGCUUCAGCUCAUUAGCGUGAUCCAGUUCAUUGCUUGGUGGAAUAAUCACUGGAUGCCCGACGGAGAAAGUAAGCGAAGCUGCUCUAUUGGAUUGGUGAUGUCCACAAUCUUUUAUGUCGCGUCGGUAGGAGGGAUUAUCAUGGUUUGCAAAUUCUAUGCUUCGGGACAGUCCCUCAACAUAUUCUUCAUCACUUGGACCGGCAUAUUGCUUGUAGUGAUGUUGGUCAUAUCCUUGCACUCCAAGGUCAACAGUGGCCUUUUAUCUUCAGGAAUAAUGGGAUCGUACAUUGUGUUCCUCUGUUGGUCUGCCAUUAGAAGUGAGCCUGCCAUACAGAACAGCAAUAUGCAGAAGCAAGGGACUCAUCAUGAUUGGUUUACUAUACUGAGCUUCCUCAUUGCAAUAUGUGCGAUUGUCAUGGCGACUUUUUCUACUGGCAUUGAUUCAGAAUCCUUUCAGUUUCGAAAGGACGAAGUUCAAUUGGAGGAUGACGUGCCAUACAACUACGGGUUUUUCCACCUGGUGUUCUCUCUCGGAGCAAUGUACUUCGCGAUGUUGUUCAUCUGUUGGAACCUCGAAAAUACCACCAGGAAGUGGAUCAUCGAUGUGGGUUGGGCAAGCACGUGGGUGAAAAUCGUCAAUGAAUGGCUCGCAGCCACGAUCUACUUGUGGAUACUGAUCUCGCCGGUUGUAAGGCAAGCCAAAGUGAUGGACCAUGAGGAACCACGAGAACACACGCAGAACUUGGCCGCAUCGUGAAACAACUUCAGAGAGAUGAGAUGUAGAUUGAUGUUGUAGCUGCAUUAUUCUUUCUCUGUAUGCUGUAUGAGCAUUAAUUGUACUAAAGAACAGACAAAUAAGACAUCGAGAGUUUCGCUAGGUAAAAUUAGGAAUUAAAAGCCAGUGAACCAUGGAUUUGUUAAACGACCGAGCUAUUUUCUUCA